AUGGAGAGUACAGCAUCGGUCACUUUCCUUCUGUCAUUUUCCAUACUGCUGUGUGAAAGUUAUCAUCAUGGAGUGGAGACAGCUACUGUUGUGCAUACAUCAGAGAGAACUUUUCCGGAGAAGGCAGCUGGCAUUAAUAUUGACUUGGCAGGAUUAAUACAGAAGUUUCACCUUCAAGAACUUUUUCAUCGUUAUGGAGAAAACAACUCUCUGUCGAUUGAAGGGUUUAGAAAACUGCUCCAGAACAUAGGUAUAGAUAAAAUGAAAAGGAUUAAGAUAGACCAUGAUCACGACCACGAUCAUCACCUUCAUCAUAAUCAUGUUUCGCUGAGUAAAAACUCCGAGAAGACUGUUUGUCCAAACCAUGAAUCUGAUGCUAACAAAGACCACAGGAACAGUCACUCAAAGGAACCUCAUAAAGCAGAGAAUGCAGAACAUCAGCAGAACUUUGUGCGUGGCAAGAACACUGUUAAUGAGAUAACGGCAUCUAUCAUCACUGCUCCUGUAGGUGGCCACUCUGAAUUACAGAAUGUGCAACCUGGAGAAGUCAAGCUGGUUGCUCGUUUAGGUCUGACCAGCUCUAAUCCCGUUAAUGUCACAGGUGGCAGCAAUGCAAGCUGGCUUGCUAACAGCAAAGCAAAUGAAUCUCGUACUUCUCCAAAGGAAUUGGAAAGAGGAAGUUACCUGUAUUCCAAACUGAAAAACCAAAAUACCCAAGAGUGCUCCAGUGCAUCAAAACUGAUGCAGUCCCAUGGAAUAGGCACUCAAGUAUUGUUGACUGCUACAGAAUUUAGUUACCUCUGUCCAGCUCUUAUUAAUCAAAUCGAUGGCAAAUACUGCAUAGUCCAUGCAACUAGUGAAAAAGCUGAAACUCCUGCAAAAAGUUACUCUCUGCAAAUAGCUUGGAUUGGUGGCUUUAUAUCCAUCUCUGUCAUCAGUUUUCUUUCCUUAUUGGGUGUUAUAUUGGUACCGCUGAUGAAUCGCGUAUUUUUCAAAUUUCUUCUAAGUUUUCUUGUGGCAUUGGCUGUGGGGACUUUGAGUGGAGAUGCUUUCUUACAUCUCCUUCCACAUUCUCAUGGAAACCAUCAUCAUCACCAUGAAAAACCUCUGCUUGAACAAAACAAAGGCUCUAUGUUCAAACAUCUUGUUUUUCAAAGUAUAGAGGAGAGUGCUUACCUGGAUUCCACAUGGAAGGGACUUACAGCACUUGGAGGCUUGUAUUUCAUGUUUCUAGUGGAGCAUUUGAUCACUUUAAUAAAACAGUUUAAAGACAAGAAGAAAAAGAAAAAAAAUGAAGAUGAUGGAGAAAGUAAGAAGUUUUCAGCAAAUGAAGAAAAGUUAGAUACAGAUGAUCGGCCCGAGGGCUAUCUAGGGGCAGACUCUCAAGACCCGUCGCCCUUCAUUUCUCAGCAGCCAACUGUACAAGAAGAGGAAGAAGUGAUGAUAGCUCAUUCUCAUCAAGAGGAGGCUGACAAUGAAUAUGUGUCCAGGGGCUGUAGAAACAAAUGUCAUUCUCACUUACAUGAUACUCUAGGACAGACAGAUCACCUUAGUCAUCAUCACCAUGACUACCAUCAUAUUCUGCAUCACCAUCAUCACCAGAAUCAUCAUCCUCACAGUCACAGUCAGCGCUACUCACGUGAAGAACUGAAGGAUGCGGGGAUAGCAACUCUGGCAUGGAUGGUGAUUAUGGGAGAUGGACUACACAAUUUUAGCGAUGGCCUAGCAAUUGGAGCAGCCUUUACUGAAGGGUUAUCUAGUGGUUUAAGCACUUCUGUGGCUGUAUUUUGCCAUGAAUUACCUCAUGAGCUAGGAGAUUUUGCUGUACUUCUAAAAGCCGGUAUGACUGUCAAGCAAGCUGUGCUUUAUAAUGCUCUGUCAGCUAUGCUGGCCUAUCUUGGAAUGGCGACUGGGAUUCUUAUCGGUCAUUAUGCAGACAAUGUUUCCAUGUGGAUAUUUGCACUUACUGCAGGCUUGUUCAUGUAUGUGGCUCUUGUGGAUAUGGUACCCGAAAUGCUCCAUAAUGAUGCCAGUGAUCAUGGAUGUAGCCGCUGGGGAUACUUCCUGUUACAGAACGCUGGGAUUCUGUUGGGUUUUGGGAUAAUGCUGCUUAUCUCCGUAUUUGAACAUAAGAUUGUAUUCAGCAUAAACCUGUAAUCCUGGUUGCCAGGAAGAGCGCUUGGUGUUAAAUUAUAAGCGGUAGGUUUUUUCUAUUAAAUUCCCUAAUGGAGAGGUACGUUUGAUAUAGGCUAGAUAUUUUUAUUGGUGUUUUUAUUGGUGUUGUGUCCCUCCCUCCCUUCUCUCUCUGAUGGACAUGCACACUGUAAGGUUUGUGGGGUUUUUUUUCCCCCACUUAGGAUUUAGCAUUGCAUAUGGUACUGUGGAAAGUGGUACUUAGUAAAACAUGGUGAAACUACCAAAUCUAUUAAAGGAGUAUUGUCUGGGGGUUAGGGUUUUUUUAGUAAAUUUAUUUACUGUAUGUAAUUAUAUAUAACAUUUUUUUACUUAAAUGGUUUUGUUGGUUUAAAGAAAUAAAAUGACAGUGUUUUUUAUUUUAGCACAAUCAAAACCAGUGGAUACAAAGCACAGUGAGCAGUGUAAAACAAGAAAAAGACAUGUAAUGGGUAGCAUGUGUGUUUAUAUUGGUAGAAACUCAUCUUUUCUGCAUCCACCUAGUUUACACAGAGUGGCAGAUGAGUCCACUCCAUCCUUUUUGCGGUGGUUCUUCUCUCAAUAGAGUGUGGGUUCUUUGUGUCUUAUUCCAGUUGGUUUCUACUCCAAAUUCUUGUGGAGUCCUGUUUCAGCUGUUUGCACCAAACGUUUUACCUGUUCCAUCCCUUCUGAUGUGAGUUGCUCUUCACCGAUUUCUCAAAUCGGCAACAAAAGUACAGCUAUUAGAUUGUAAAAGCAUAGCUCUAGCUCUAAUAUACGUGAAUUCCAUCAAAAAGACUUUUAAAGUAGUGCUUUAUCCCAGUUACGCUGCCUGAAAUGGCCAAGGUGUAUUAAAGUGAUAUCAAGGGGAGGAGGGCUACAGGCUGAGACAAACAGUCACUUACUACAACAGCUUCCUUAGUAAAGUGGUGAUUUAUUUUUGGGAAAUGAGCUGAGUGGGAGAGCUGACUACUUCUAGUUCAGUGUGAUUGCACACAAACCUGUGCUUGCAAAAGUUAUAUUCUUUGCAACAACUAAAGCUGAGAAAUCCAAAAUAGCAAAAUUUCUUUGACAGCAUAUAUAGGGUAGCAGCAUGUUAAGGAUAAUUAUAAGUGUAUACGUAAGUAUGUAGUCUGAGCUUACAGUCUUAAUAUUUUAACCACCCUGAAAGUAACUGAAGGAAGAAGGAGGUUGAAAAAGACAAUGGCAAAAUAAAUAAAUUCUGCAUUUGCAGGGAAGGUGAACGUUAGACAACUUUUAUAUAAUGAAUAAGUAACAGAAUUAUGCUAGCUUUAAAAAUCCCAGAAAUAUAAUAAUUAAAACUUACUUCUGAUUCAACUUUACCACUGCUUCAAAUCAUCAGCUGAAUAAAAAAAAGCUUGAACAAA